AUUUCAAUAAUCAAACCUUCUUUCCUAACUUCUUAAGAAUAAUUGAAAAUUAUUUUCAACUUUCUGUUCAUGGGACUUAUGGUUUUUUGCUAACCUUAAACUGAGUUUUGAGUUAAAAUUCUUGACUGUGCAGCAACACGUAAAUUUCUCCGCACUGCAUUCAUCAAUGGUUCAUUGUUAAGUGGGAUUUCAUUGAGUGAAGUAACAAGUUGGGAAUUGUGCACUUUUUCUCAUGAUUUAUUGAUUUCAGUUCGCAAGUACAGUUAGAAUGGCCCGUUACUUCAAAGAGCAAGAUAUCGAUGAAUUCCGUGAGUGUUUCUAUCUGUUUGCCAGGAGUGGCCACAUCACAACGCUGGACGAGUUGACCGUCAUCAUGCGCUCGCUGGGCCUAUCCCCUACCAUCCAAGAGCUGACCUCGUAUCUCAAGAAAAAAAAUGGUCGCAUGAGUUUUGCGGAUUUUCUGGAGGUCAUGUAUCAGCACUCGCGGGUCGAAAACCUACCAGAGGAAGUGAUGGCGGCCUUCAAAGCCGCCGACAAAAGUGGAAGAGGAACGCUUCCGGCCCGGCAGCUGCGUCACCUGCUGCAAAAUUGGGGUGAAGGGUUGUCCUUUCGGGAGGUGAGUCGGGGUUUGAUUAGGUCGUUAUCUUAUCUGUAGAAUGCAAAAUUCCAUGUACCUGUAUUAUUUAUUGUACACGGUCUCGAUAACUCAAUAUCAUACAGACUGGUUACUUAACCUACGCUUAAAACUAUCCUUACUUAUAUUAAAAUCAAACUACACAUAC